AUGGCUCAGUUUGUUAGAGAAGAUGGCGGCGGCGGCGGAGGUAAUGGUGCUGGUGGGUUUGGUUGUGAGUAUGAAGUUAAGGUUUAUAUUUUAAAGAAUGAUAAGUGGAAGAAAAUUGAGGGUUUGCCGACCCGGCUUAGGUUAUUAAGCAAGCCCUGUUUUCAUAUUUUGCACAGGAGAGGGUAUGCUGGUCACGCUGUGCAUUGGAUUGCCCCUCAGAGGCGUCGACUUGGUAUUAGAGAUUGUGUUCUUGGUUUUGAUGUUAGGGAUGAUAAAUUUUUCGAAUUGUCGCAACCGGAUUAUGAAAACAAAGGUAUGAACUUUCAGGUUCAUGUUGGGGUUUUAAAAGGGAAUUUGUGUGUAAUGUGUAAUUAUGAUCAUGUUUGCGUUGAUGUGUGGGUUAUGAAAGAGUAUGGUGUGAAGGAAUCUUGGUCUAAGAUUUGUUCGGUUCAAGGGAUUAAAUGGAUGUGUACUUUUAUGUUUUUGAGACCUCUGGUUUAUUCUAAGGAUGGUGAUAAGCUGUUGUUGGAAGUGAAUGAUGAGAAGCUUAUGUGGUAUGAUUGGGAAAACAAUCAUGCUAAGGCUGUAAAGAUUCAUGGUGGACCGAGUUCUUUUGGUUCUGAAAUGUAUGUGGAAAGCCUUAUCAGGAUAAACGAUGGUGAUCGAGACGGCUGGAAGAAGCAGGAAGAGAAGAGGUAA